AUGGAGACGCCCAGCACCUGGGCGCUGCUGCUGGUGCUGCUGCUGCUGGUGCUGCUGACGCUGGCGCUGCCCCGAACCCGAGGCCACCUGCCCCCCGGGCCCACGCCGCUGCCGCUGCUGGGGAACCUCCUGCAGCUCCGGCCCGGGGCGCUGUACCCGGGGCUCUUGCGGGUGAGCAUCCGCUGGGACGCCCCGCUUGGGGCAGGGGAUAUGGGACCCUGGCGGCGUGUGGUGGUCCUGGUGGGGCACGAGGCCGUGCAGGAGGCCCUGGAAGGUCAGACUGAGGAGUUCGGUGGGCGGGGCAUGUUGGCGACACUGGACGGGACCUUUGACGGCCACGGGGUUUUCUUUUCCAAUGGGGAGCGGUGGCGACAGCUGCGGAGAUGUACCAUGCUGGCCCUGCGGGACCUGGGCAUGGGGAAGCGAGAAGGUGAGGAGCUGAUCCAGGCGGAGGCCCAGUGUCUGGUGGAGGCAUUCCAAGGGAUGGAAGGACGGCCAUUUGACCCCUCCCUACUGCUGGCUCAGGCCACUUCCAACAUCAUCUGCUCCCUCACCUUUGGCCUCCGCUUCCCCUACGAGGACGAGGACUUCCAGGCCCUGGUCCGGGCAGCUGGUGGCACCAUGCUGGGGGUCAGCUCCCUGUGGGGCCAGACCUAUGAGAUGUUCUCCUGGCUCCUGAAGCGCCUGCCGGGCCCCCACACACAGCUCCUGGGCCACCUGAGCAUGCUGGCCACCUUCGCCGUCCAGCAGGUGCAGCGACACAAGGAGAGCCUGGACAGCUCAGCCCCACCGUGCAAUGUGGUAGAUGCAUUCCUGCUAAAGAUGGCAAAGGAGGAGCAUGACCCAAGCACAGAACUGACUGACAAGAACUUGCUGAUGACAAUCAUUUAUCUGCUGUUCGCCAGGACGGUCACGGUCAGCACCACGGUCCGCUAUACCCUCUUGCUUCUGCUGAAGUACCCUCGGGUCCAAGAGCGUGUGAGGGAGGAGCUGAUCCGGGAGCUGGGGGCCGGCCGCGCACCAGGCCUUGGGGACCAAGCCCGCCUCUCCUAUACCAAUGCCGUUUUGCAUGAGGCGCAGCGGCUGCUGGCUCUGGUGCCCAUGGGAGUGCCCUGCACCCUCACAAGGACCACCUGCUUCUGAGAGUACACCCUGCCCCAGGGCACUGAGGUCUUCCCCCUCCUUGGCUCUGUCCUGCGUGAUCCUGAGGUCUUUGAACAGCCAGAGGAAUUCAACCCAGACCGAUUCCUAGAUGCGGAUGGACGGUUCCAGAAGCAGGAGGCAUUCUUGCCCUUCUCCUUAGGUAAGUGUGUCUGCCUCGGGGAGGGCCUGGCGCGGGCGGAGCUCUUCCUCCUUUUCACCACCCUCCUGCAGGCCUUCUCCCUGGACAGCCCAUGCCCGCCGGGGACCCUGAGCCUCCAGCCAGCUGUCAGCGGCCUUUUCAACAUCCCCCCAGCCUUCCAGCUGCAAGUCCGGCCCCACUAA